UCUUUUAGGAACUUCUAUUACAUCACAAUGCUGAGGGACCCUGUGUCACGUUACUUGAGUGAAUGGAAGCAUGUCCAAAGAGGUGCAACAUGGAAGACAUCCCUCCACAUGUGUGAUGGCAGAAGUCCCACACCAGAGGAGUUGCCUAUGUGCUACCUAGGAGAAGACUGGUCUGGAGUCUCUUUACAGGAAUUUAUGGACUGUAACCACAAUCUGGCUAACAACCGCCAGGUGCGCAUGUUGGCAGACCUCAGCCUGGUUGGAUGCUAUAAUCUGACCUUUAUGAAUGAGGGCAAAAGAAAUAUGAUCCUUCUCCAAAGUGCCAAGACCAAUCUGAAGAACAUGGCUUUCUUUGGGCUCACAGAAUUUCAGAGAAAAACUCAGUAUCUCUUUGAGAGGACAUUUAACCUGGAGUUCAUUUCCCCUUUCACUCAAUAUAAUAUUACUCGCGCCUCUAAUGUGGAUAUCAGUGAAUCAGUACACAAGCGCAUAGAAGACCUCAACUUCCUGGAUAUGCAGCUCUAUGAAUAUGCUAAAGAUCUAUUUUUGCAGCGCUUUCAGUUUGCUAAGCAAGAGGAGCAUGAACAAAAUCACCAGAAGCAAUGGGAGGAGCAAAAUAUAUUGCAUGAGCAGAAAGUUCGUGAAUGGCAAAAGGCAGGAGAAGUUAAAGAAAUAGCUGUUACUGAGGAUUAUAAUAGUCAGGUGGAACGGUGGUGA